AUGUCACGAAAGCCCGCGGACGUGGCGUCGAAAGAGCGCAACGAAUACAUUCCCGCUUUCAUCUCGAAGAAACCCUUCUACGUCGACGAUGAUCAAGACAACGACUACCUCGAGCAUCAACGUCUCCAAAAGACAAGUGCCGAUCAAUCAAAAUGGUAUGACCGAGGCAAGCGCGCAGGCCCGGCGGCCACGAAAUACCGCAAAGGCGCAUGCGAAAACUGCGGCGCGAUGACACACAAGACUAAAGAGUGCCUCAGUCGGCCGCGAAAGCAUGGCGCUAAAUGGACUGGCAAAGAUAUUCAAGCCGAUGAGCUUAUUCAGAAGGUUGAUAUGGGAUGGGAUGCCAAGAGAGACCGAUGGAAUGGUUACGAUGCUAGCGAAUAUCGUCAAGUUGUCGAAGAAUACGAAGAGAUGGAGGCACUGAAGAAAAUGGCAAAGGAUGACCAGGCUCUCAAAAAGCUCCAAAAUGGGGAAGAUGGCGAUGAUGGCCCCGAAGAAGAUAUCCGAUACGCCGAAGAGUCCGACAUGGGCCGACAGCAGAGCACCGCAACCCGCAACCUACGUAUUCGAGAAGACACCGCAAAAUAUCUGCUCAAUCUGGAUCUCGAUUCCGCCAAAUACGAUCCCAAGACACGCCGAAUGGUAGACAUGGGCGCACAGGAUGACCAGGCAUCAGCACUUGUCGCUGAGGAAAACUUUGUCCGAGCUUCAGGCGAUGCUGCGGAAUUCGAGAAAGCUCAGCAAUAUGCCUGGGAAUCCCAAGAGAAGGGUCACCCGCAACUUCACAUCCAGGCCAAUCCCACCUCUGGAGAGGUACUCAGAAAGAAAGAGAAGGAGGAUAGUGAGGCGAAGCGUCAAGCCCACCGCAAGGCUCUUCUGGAUAAAUAUGGUGGUGGUGAGCACUCGCAGCCGAGUGCUCUGCGCGAUACUAUGGUCGUUGAAAACGAGCGCUUUGUUGAAUAUGACGAGAGCGGUGCCAUCAAGGGCGCACCCAAGAAAGCGACCAAAUCCAAGUAUCCUGAGGACAUUAUAGUCAACAACCACUCUUCAGUCUUUGGUAGCUGGUGGUACCAGUUCCAAUGGGGAUAUGCUUGCUGCUAUUCCACUGUCAAAAACAGUUACUGCACCGGUGAAGACGGAAAGAAAGCCUUUGAGGAAGAGGGCAACAUGCUACGGAUGCUCGAGGCAAAUGCCGAGAUCGAAGAGCAUACUGAUGAUGCAGAUUUUCCUCAAGAGUCUGGCCAUAAGAGCCCGAUUGAAGAGAAGGAACCAAAAACCAAUGCAAAGAAGCGAACUUUGGAGGAGCUUCAGUCAGGAAUCACAGAAGAAGAGCUUGAGGCUUAUAAGCGAAAGCGGCAGGCUGCUGAUGACCCGAUGGCCAAUUUUAUCGGGAAAGAUGACUUCUGA